CCCCUUACCCAAAACUCAAUUGAAUACCAUUUCAUAUGUUUGAAUAUUUAUUUUGAUUUUAACGCCGAUUUCAACAAAUAACAUUUUGUAUAUACUCGUAACAUUAAUUCAUACAUUUGGACGAAAACUUUCAUUAUAUCAUCUUGUGAUGAACAAAGACUUAAAAAGUAUCAGCAAAAGCCAUGAAGUGAAGAACCUGUUUACAGGACACAUCCUUAAAUAAUUCAAUUGCAUAAUAAAUUGAAAACAUUGGAACUGUUGAGAAUCAGCGAAGUAUUAAGACACAGAAUAAUUGACUCUGCUUUUCUGGAUUUUGAAAUCUAAUUUAUUUAAUGUGUUGAUACGCCAAUGCGCACGAGCGUCUGAAUUGUACAAAAUUGUCCAAAACGUUUUUUAAAAAAGGAUUUUUAUGGUGUAUGUACAGUUGUGUGCCGAUUGGUUCCAGGGUCUGUCUUGUGGUCAUGCCUGAUCCGAAGUUUAACAGGGCUGCAUUCCGUGAACGGCUUUCUCCCUUGUUCAUCUCUGUAUUCAUAUUUGUCUAAAUUCUAGCGAGAAAUGUUUCUAAUGUUCUUUCUAUCUGGUAUCAGAAUGUGGGAACAACUUUGUAUUGUAUUAAAAGUUUUUUUUUCAGCCCAAUUUAAAUCAUAUUUUCAAAUGAAGAUUUUAAUUUAAUUCAUUAUUUUGGCAAUUAAUUUGGUUUAUCAAAAACUCUUUCAAAAAGUGGUAUCUCAGAUAAUCCUUCUAGUUAUAAAGGUAUUUCCAUCGUUUUGUAUACUGCUAAUCUCUUAAAAUCAUUCUAGAAAACAAAACUUCAACAGUCUUUAGGCUUAACAAUGUUAUUAAAUUUUUAAAAAAAACCUUAAUCAAGAUCAAGUGAUCAUAUGUUUAACUCAAGAACAAUUAAUCAAAAGGAUUAUGGUAAAAAUGUGACUAACCCUGUUUGCCUGUUUUCUUGAUUUCGAAGCCCUACACUCGGCACUUUUGUUAAUAUACAUAAGAUUGGGGUCGAUGGUAUUUUUCUUUUCAAUAUCUUACAAAGCGUGCAUGGUAAUAUUUUUUGCAUACAAUCUGGUCAUAUAAUCUCUGAAAAUUUAAGUGUAACAGUUGGUGUUGAACAAGGUGAUGAUAUAAUCCCAAAUCUGUCUAAGAUAUACAAUAACGAUCUGCCAGACAUCUUUAACCUUUUUACUACAAUAGGGACGGCUUUAUCCGUCCCUGUUAUUUUCGGCGUAUUUGCCAUAUGGACGGCUUUAGCCGUUUCUAUAAUAAUAAUAGUAAUAAUAAUAAAUUAAUAAUAAUAAUAAUAAAAAUAAUAAUAAAUAUAAAGAAAAUUAUACCAUCGACAAUAAUUAUUAUUAUACUAACAGAUUUGGAAACAUAUAUAAUUAUUAUAAUACUAAUAACAAAUAAUAAUAAUUAUAUUAAUUAAUAAUAUAGUAAUCACUUUGAAAACCACCUGGAAAAUAGAUGAUCAAUAAAACAAUAACCCUCUGGCAGCGAAAGGGUUAAAGUUUCUCAUGAUGAUCCACCAGAAAUAAACAAUGGACUUAUAUCAUAUCUCAUAUAUGCUGAUUUAUAAAGCUGUUUUAAUAAAUCGUCAAUGUAAUGUGAAAAAAAAAAUGUCUUACUUGCAACCUAAAUAAAACUGAGGCUAUUGUGUUCUGUAAUGAAAUGUCCCCUAAAAAUAUAAGUAGGAAACUAUUUGUAUAAAUCUUGAAAUAUUAUUCUCAUAAUUAUAAUGUGUAAAAAUAUCUACAAGAGAGGUUUGUGAGCUAAGUUUAAGCUUAAUCUAAUUUUAUUUAUUUUUUUCAAAAUGAACGUUAUUUUCGGUGUUUAUUCUAGAAGGGGGGUGGGGGAUUCACUCAUAUUUUUGAGAACAACCCCAUAUUUUUUCCGAGGCCGGGGGAAAUUUUACAUAGAGAAAGAAGGAAAAAGAUGAACAAAUGUAAUAAAUUCUCAUUUUUCGAUAAUUACGAAUUCUAGAAUAGACACUGAAUUUAAUUCAUAUCCAUCGCCAAAUUUUCAUCAGAGAAUAACCCUUUGCCUUUGUCAAGAGAGUUUCAGUACAUUUGACAAAAAGGGUACCGUUAUGGAAAUACACCGUGGGUAAAGAACAACUUGCUUAACGAUUUUGUAAAUAAAAUAAAUUGUGUAUCGCAGCUUGAUUGUAUGCAAGUUUGUGUCGUAUAUCCAUUAGGUUGAUACAUACAUGUAUGAAGCUCCUCCUAUUUUAUAGUCUGUCCCAUUCAAAAUGGGAAUGAAUAUUUGCCUGGUAUAGAUUAACAAAACGAGGUAGAGUUAUAAAUAAACCACUUUUGUAAACCCCCCAAAAAUCUCCCUCGAGACUUUUUCAUGAUAUUUCUCUAAAUACUUACUUAAUUCUCUUGCAAAAGCAAAGUUUUAUUUCUCUACGACAAUAUCUUGUAGUUUUUUUGUAUUUUGUCUUUUUUUUCUUUUUUUGUUUUUGUUUCGUUUUGUUUUUUUUUGUUGUUUUUUGUUGUGAUUGUUUAGCUAUUGCCGAAUCACUCUUCAUUUGAAGUUUGAAGUUGUAACUAUCCUGAUUAGUUAUCGUACGGCUAGAACCUAUUGAUGUCUAUUAUAUAAUAUGUUUCCGCAUACAUAUUUAGAAGAAUGCAAACAACCACUUCAGAACUACUUGAUGUCUUGCGUAUGUUUCCAUUGUGAACAGACAGACACGAUUUCCGAUAGAAAGCACGAUGAUAAAAAAAAAAAACAAAUGCUAAUUUUUUUUAAUAAUUUCAAAACUGAUUUUAAAGGCCAAUUAUUCCUUACACAUACUAUCAUUUUUAAUACAAAUGUAUUUUUUUUUUUUUUUUUUUUUUUUUUUUUUUUUUUUUUUUUUUUUUUUUUGGUAUCUUGCUACAGUUUCCAAAAAUUUACUCAUUUGCUACACAUAGUUGUAUUGAUUGUCUAAACCCUAAUCCUACAUUUAAAUACUGCUACCUUGGUGACGCACUACUACUGCUCGUUUAGUGCUAUUUUUCUCAGUUGUUUAACAUCUAAUAUGCUAUAAAUCCAUUAUUAGAACAUUAUUAAACACAUGUUUAUAGAAUAUGAAAAACAUAUGAAUUUUUGAGACAUAAUAUGCCUUUAAUGAUAAUUAUGAGUCAUUUUAUUAUCUUAUGAUGAUUAAUAGAUGAAAUAGAUAAUCAAUAAAGAAAUGAGGGAAAUGAAGAUAAUUGUUCGUAUACAAUGACUAAUACAAGGAAGGUGCCACUAUAAUAACGGCCUUGGUUAAACUUCCCGAGAUCACUUAAAACUGUGAUUUAAUUCCAGUGUUUAUACACAUAAUUAUACGUUUUCAUCCUUUUCAAGUAGGUUUUACAUUAUCAAAAUAAACUGAUGGAAAAUUUGAGAUAAUAAACUGGAACUGUAUGUACGUGUUUGUUUAUUAUUGACAUGAUGAAAGAUGACGCAAAAUAGUAGCUAUACCAACUUGACGUUAUCGUCAAAGUGGGACGAACUUUUACAAGAAGCACAUCGAAAGAAAGUAUUAGAAUAUAUGCCACUGAUAGUUGUACUGUUUGUGCUAGUAGUUGUCGGACUGAUCGGGAACAUUCUGACAAUAUUAUUCUAUGGAUUUAAAAUAAAGAAAACGCCUACGUUUGUACUGAUAUUGCUUCUGGCAAUAGUUGACCUCAUUGUCUGCUGUCUGGCAUUCACAACUAUCGCAGAUCUGUGUGUUAAUAUUAUGUUUACAAGUGAAAUUCUUUGUAAAUGUAUGUAUUUCUUGGAUCACUGGUUGAUGUUGUCAUCCGUUCUAAUUCUCUGGAUAAUAUCCAUUCAUAGGUAUAGAAGGAUCUGCAAACCAUUGGGAAGACAAUUGGAUGAGAGAUCAGCAAAGAUUGUUGUUGUCAUGACAACUACGUUGUCAAUGGUAUAUUGUAUACAUGUUUUCAUCAUUUACAAACCUGUGAAGUUAAACAUAUCAACUUCAGAUGAUUCUGUUCCAAUAGUAGUUGGACAUUAUUGCACGAAUACCGAUGACCCGGACAUUAGAGAUGUUCUCAUUACCUUUCAUAUCAUUGACAUAGUCUCUAUAUUGUUCUGCUUCGCGACAUUUGUGUUUACUUAUGGAAACAUAUGGCGCACGGUUAGACGACACACUAGAACAGCGACAACACUCAAGCAGGCUGUUCCAUCAAGUUCAACUGUAAAACGUACAAUACCUAUUCAAAACAACUUGGAGCAGACAAGUACUGUCAGCUCUAAAGACAAUAUAUCAACGGAGACAACAACAACCCAGAUGCAAAUGAGUAAUAUCACAACUCUAGGAGUUUCGUUAAGACAGGGAAACGAUCUUGGUCAGUCGGUGGGAGAUUCUGAAAACGAAUCUACAACAUCAGUACCUAAAGAUAACCAAAAUAAGUUCAAAUCUCAAAAUGCUCAGAAGGAUCUGUCUUCAUCUAAAGCUUCAGAAGAUCAAAAAGUGCAUGCCGCUUCAAAGUCUUCAACAACGUUAACACGUGAACGUAAUAUAACGUUGAUGAUGUUCGCCGUCACAGUUGGACUCGUUGUUUGUUUCACACCGUACUUUAUUGGUACUGUAGGAACAAGAGCGUUGUCAUCAACAAACGAAUCAGAACUUAACAUUGGAAAUGAGUUGGCACUUCGAUUUCCCUUUUUUAACAGUAUUAUAAACCCAAUAAUUUUCUGUGUGUUUAAUCCGCAAUAUAGGAGGUACGUGCUAGGUAAACUAGCGGCUUGUCUUCUAAGGAGGAAGUAAAAGACUAUCUUGUAUGAGUCUUUGUGAUAAAAAUCUACUAUAACUUUAUGGUGCCUUGAAACUAAAAUACUAACUCAUCAACAAACUAGUUUGUUGGUAUGGGACUAUAUUAUAUCUAUUAUAAUAACCUAUUUGGGCACACUUC